AUGUCCGACUCCCAAGACGACUCAGACGGCACGGAGAGCCGCCGUAAGAGAAUCCGCCAAGCCUGCCUCAACUGUAGAAGGAAAAAGGUCCGCUGCACUGGAGAAAAGCCGACUUGUAGUUUCUGCGUGCGACUGUCACAAAGAUGCCUGUAUGCUGAGGAUAGAAGGAGUUUGAAGAGACCAUCAAUUGUGCUACCAACUGGCGACAAAGAAGUGACUGGCGCUGGAAUGCAUACUAUCACAGAGAGGUUUGCCAUUCUCGAGAACCAGAUUUCAACAUUGCAGAGCACAAUCGAAAAAUUACUACCACUUGUCGAAAACCAGAACGCCGCGCCUACCAGGCGCACUCUUGAUCAAGUCAGCACUCCAGCGACAGGCAUACUUCAAACACCCUCAACAGUUCAAUCACCAGCAUUUGAUCGUCCCCAAUUACAGUCGCUCAUUUAUGCAGCAGACAUUUAUUUCCGCUUCUGCCAUAGUCAACCCUACUCCCUCUUCCAUGAAUCGACCUUCCGGCAACGUUUAGUGGACAACUCACUCCCUUCAUAUCUGCUAUGGGCCUUUCUAUCGGCAGCAAGGCGCUACUCGACUUUUCCAGUUGCUCCGCUCAACUGUGCUGAUGAUGCAUCGGCCUACGCUGCUAAAGCUUGGGAAUGCAUAGACCUUCCUUGGAGUGGUUCAGAUUCCCCAGAGAAGAUUUUAACAGUCAUUCAGACUAUCAUCUUGAUCGUCAGCACCGAAGUACCAGCUGGUCUCUGUACUCAGGCUCAUAUGAAGCUUGGCUUUGCCGUUCGCCUGGCGCAGAACAACAAACUGAAUAUGGAGCCAGACGUUUCGAUACCAGUCGCUGAGCGUGAAGAGCGCAGGCGAACAUUCUGGUCAUUAUUUCUAAUCGACAAGUUAAUUAGUCUUUCUCGUGGGCGAUUUUGCGCCAUCAGGGAUGAAGAGUGUAAACUAUCUCUUCCGUGCUCCGAAGAAGCUUUCCGGGAGAGCCGGGAAGAGCACACACCAAAGCUUGAGGAGUUGACUCAAGAUUGUGUGGAUCAAGAGGCAGUAGAUGGGUGUUGUCCAUUGGGACUCAUCGUAGUCAUGGUAUCGAUUCUAGGCCGAGUCUCUCACUAUGUGUUACACGACACCAAAACGCCCCAAGUUGCCUGGUCUUCGACGUCUCCUUAUGCCACUUUAUCAUCUACUCUUCUUCAAGCUGAACAUUACUUCACGAUGGACGAAAACACUAUGGAGAGUCUCAAGAAACGGUGCACUGUUAACGGAAUCCUUGAUCAGCACCUCGCAGGGUCAUUUAUUUUCGCCAAGGCCAUGUUCCAUCUGUCUCAUUGCCUGCUUCAUCACCCAUUUUUGAUUCAACAGCAUUUGCAGUCAGGCAAACAAAAAGCUCCAUCGAUUUUUAUGAAGACGGCAUGGGAAAAAUGCAGGACGCAUGCCAAGAGUAUCACAGAACUAAUGGAGAUGAAGAAUCAGAAUGUUUUGGUGUUGACAUCGAUGUAUGGGUAUUGCAUCAUGAUCGCGGGAACGAUUCAUGCUCUUUCGAUGAACGACGAAAGAGAAAAUGUCAGGAAGGAGAGCAAGGAACAUUACCGUGCUUCGAUUGAAUCUCUACAGGAUUUAUCGCGCUAUUGGGCACAUGCAGCGCUGAUGGUCAAACGGUUGGAACGGUUCCAUAACCAGUGCGAGACUCGUGGCCAGGAACUCUCCCCGUGCAAUUCCAACGUGGAGCGGCCGCCUGGAGAUGUCAAGGCGCUGUGGCAGAGCGUCGACUACACGUCGUUGUCAACCCCGACAAGACCUGGAAGUCCAACGUCGGCAGCACACAAUACGAGUCAGGAAGAUUGGGCACUUUCUGGAGAUAUGUUUGACUUUACUGGCUUUGGUGGGUUUGCCGAGGGUGUCGAUAUCUUCAGUAUCUCCCUUGUUGAUGGGGAUAUGAUGUUGGAUGGUGAGAUGCCAGUUAUAGGUGCUUGA